AUAACAAUGUGGCUACUUCCUGCUGCUGAUUUCUGAUGUUCCUUAAACAUUUGUCAAUAUUUACAUUACCACAAACUAUUGCACUGGAGACGAAAGCUAAAAUGUUGCAAGGCUCAACUUUACUGCUUUUGGAUUUCAUAACCGAUAUUCUUUGCGCUGAUAUUGAUGGAAAGAAGACAGUCCGCAGCACCCUCGAGAGUUAUAUUUUAUUAGUAUGGCAGAACAGGCUCUACUUGUACACAGCUGCUGCUGUUUUCGUUGGAAUUUGGUUUUCUAUGAAAAUUGCAUUAAAGAAGAAAAUCCUUACCACUCCAGUGAAUCCUUGGCUCUACAAAUCGGUGAAGCAGAAUGUUUAUAGUGUUGAGAACGUGAAUGUGGUCCAUGUAUCAGAAGUAAAAAUCUUCUAUGGAUCACAAACUGGGACUGCAAAGGGAUUUGCAAAUGAGCUAGAAGAGGAGGUGAAAACAUUGGGCAUAGCAGCUAAAGUGAUUGACAUGAAAGAUUAUGACCCAGAUGACAGACUAGCUGAUGAGUGUUCCACAAAGUCAAUUUGUGUAUUCUUAUUGGCCACCUACACUGACGGACAGCCCACAGAGAAUGCUAAAUGGUUCUGUAAGUGGCUGGAGGAGGCAUCUACUGACUUCCGAUAUGGGAAUAACUACCUGAAAGGACUGAGAUAUGCAGUGUUUGGCUUGGGCAACUCUGUCUAUGACAGCCACUUCAAUACGGUGAGCAAGAAUGUGGACAAGUGGCUGUGGAAGCUGAGUGGAGUCCGUGUUCUGUCCAGAGGCGAUGGUGACUGCAAUGUAGUGAAGAGCCGUCAUGGCAGUUUGCAUUCUGACUUCCUGGUCUGGAAGACCAAAUUUCUGAGCCGUCUGCAGACCAUGGUUGCAGGGCCGAAGGCCUGUAGGGGGAAAUGUAAGACCGGUGGAUCCUGUAACAACAGGAAAAAACCACAGAAGACUGACGAUGAACAGGCAGCUCCUGAACAGCUCAGCUCUGAGGAGGAGCUGGUAGAGUCCAGUAGUGAAGAGGAGGCUGCUGGAACUGGACCAGAUGAACAACACCCAGGCUCUGUCAUUGAUGUGGAGGAUCUAGGAAACAUGAUGAAUGGCAUGAGGAAAGCCAAGAGAAGAGUGGAGGGCCAGGUGGAUGAACAGAUGAAGCUGCCAAGGCUGAAUAGACAGAAGAAGGCUGAGGAAGAGGAGGAGAGAAGAGAGAUGAUCACUCCUGCCCUGAGGGUGGCCCUGACGAAACAAGGUUACAAGCUCAUUGGGAGUCACUCAGGAGUCAAACUCUGUCGUUGGACUAAGUCCAUGCUAAGAGGAAGAGGAGGUUGUUACAAGCACACAUUUUACGGCAUCGAGUCCCACAGAUGUAUGGAGACCACCCCUAGCCUUGCCUGUGCCAACAAGUGUGUCUUCUGCUGGAGACACCACACUAACCCGGUUGGCACAGAGUGGCGCUGGAAGAUGGACCCACCUGAGAAGAUACUCCUGGAGGCUGUGGAGAAUCACCAGAACAUGAUCCGACAGUUCAGAGGUGUACCUGGGGUGCGCCUGGAGCGCUAUCAGGAGGGUCUAAAGGUGAAGCACUGCGCCCUGUCUUUGGUGGGGGAACCGAUCAUGUAUCCUGAAAUCAACGCCUUUUUGUGCCUCCUCCACAGUCAACGUAUCUCCAGCUUUCUGGUCACCAACGCACAGUUCCCCCAGGAGAUCAGAAAUCUGGUGCCAGUGACCCAGCUUUAUGUGAGUGUGGACGCCAGCACCAAGGACAGUCUGAAGAAGAUUGACCGGCCCCUCUUCAAAGACUUCUGGACAAGGUUCCUGGAUAGCCUCAAGGCCCUGGGUGAGAAGAGACAGAGGACAGUGUACAGACUGACUCUGGUGAAGGCGUGGAACGUAGACGAACUGAAGUCCUACUCCGAGCUCAUCUCUCUGGGACAGCCUGACUUCAUCGAGGUCAAGGGAGUGACGUACUGUGGGGAAAGCUCAGCCAGUAGCCUGACCAUGGCCAACGUGCCGUGGCAUGAAGAAGUCAUCCAUUUCGUCCAGCAGUUGGUGGACAUGCUGCCUCAGUACCAAAUUGCCUGUGAGCAUGAGCACUCCAACUGUCUGCUUAUUGCACACACAAAGUUUAAGGUGGACGGGGAGUGGUGGACAUGGAUAGACUACGAACGGUUCCAGGAGCUUGUCCAAGCUUACGAGGAGAGUGGAGGCAGCCAAACCUUCUCUGCAAUGGACUACAUGGCAAAGACCCCCAUGUGGGCCCUAUUUGGUGCCUCGGAGCGAGGCUUUGACCCCACAGACACACGCUACCAGAGACGACACAAGACCAAAGACAUCUCAGGAUGCUGAGAGGGAGACAUAGAUGGAGAUUGCUACUUUUCUUUUCCACGUAAACUUUGACUUUUACAGUUCACAAUAAGUUUAAAUGGAGAGGGAGAGAAAUUGUGUAUUCAUCCACAAUUGAGUAACUGUAGACAUUCAUUUUGGGAGUUUGACUGUUCACAAACCAUUUAAUUGAUGUUUUGCUUGUUCUCUCUGUCUUUUUUGCUAUCAACUUGCUCAGACGUGAUACCGUUUAUAGCUUGUAUCCAUUCUUUUAAGCUCAAAACAGCAGCUCAGCUAGGAUACAUUUCUAAACACCUUCCUCACACUCUUCCCUCCCCUUUUUUUCUUCAUUAUCCCCUUUUCUCUCCUUAUUCAUGGUCAUUAUUUCAUUUGUCUUUUGUUUAGUUUUUUUAGCCAUUCUGGCAGCAGUUAUGGAGGGUUGCACUAUUUAAAUUUCGUAGAUGGUUCCUAAUGUUGUUUCUGAAGGUGUGCUUUGUUCCAUGCUGUGGAAAGCCAAUCGAUUGACUGUACUGGCAAGCGGAACCAGAACGUGCUCUGAAUGAAUGCCAUGGCACUACAGGUCUGUCCCAGGGGCCUUGAGCUGCUUUUUUUCUGCCCAAUUCCACUUAUAAAGGUAAUAAAGAUAGUUACACCUAGUGGGUGGGUAGUGUAACGUAUCUGAGGGAAACUUGAGAUGGGGGAGUGAGUGUGCGGGUUAUCAUCUCCGAGAGGGACUAGAAAUGUCAGAAGAAGAGGGGAGGUAGGACAUGACUAGAAUACUGUAGGUUGUAGUUGUGUUCCAAAGGGCCCCCUAUUCCCUUGUGCACAUUUUGACUAAAUUCCAUAAAACUAGUGCCAUUGUGAAUAGGAUGCCAUUGGGGACUGACCCAGUAAUGCAUACAAUACAAACCCAAUUCCAAAAUUAAACUCCACCCCUACUACGACCUUCCCUGUUCUCAAGUUUGUAGUAAAGACAAGCAUGUAUGACAAUCCAGCCUGUCUGUUUACCUUGUGGUCUAUAUUUGACCCUCCUAGCCUCACACCACUGUAGUGCAGUGUUCUGUUAGUACCUCACUACCAAGCCUCUUUGCUGAGUUUACUUAAUGUCCAUUUGCAGAAUUGUUAACUUUUAGGUGAAUUAUUAUAUUUUGGGGACAAAUGUAUUGUACAUUGUUGAUUUUGUUGUUACUGUUUUAAUUCAACUGUUAUCUUGUUUUCUUUCAAAUUAGGUACCUAACAGCAAGGUUGUUGGUAUUUUAUUGCAAUAAAUAUGUAUAUGAACUGAUAA